AAAAACAGGGACGCUAAUGGUAUUGAUCCCGCCAUCCUUGCUUCCAGACUCACCCUCUUGCACCCUUCAAGCCGCAUUUGCUAAUAUUUUUGGCAAAAACAUGUAGUUACUAGAAGUAUAAAACAGUGAAACUGCACCGAACUACAAAAAUGGAUAUAAAUGCUAUGACAACAUCGGGACUGUUAGAAUGGGAGUUUUCUCUGCCAUCUGAUCAGAUCAUAUCCCACGGGUGGUACCAUGGUGCGCUGAGUCGUACUGCGGCCGAGAACCUUCUCGAACAAGACAGGGAGUUCCUAGUGAGAGAUUCCUCGUCUCAACCCGAUAACUACGUGCUCAGCUGUAGGUCUAACGGGCAGCAUCUGCAUUUCGUCAUUCAACGGAUUGUCGUCCAUCCCGAAACUGUUUAUGAAAGAUACCAAUACCAAUUCGAAGACGAAGCUUACGAUACCGUCGCGGAUCUCAUCACUUCGUAUGUCGGUUCAGGAAAACCUAUAUCAGCCGCCUCCGGCGCCAGAAUUCAAUAUCCAGCCAAUCGCGUCGUUCCUCUGACUAACUACAUACCUAACGACGACAUCAACUCAGUAAUUUCUCCGGUAGGAGAUAGCUCCGGUCCCUACAGCCUUUACAGCCAUUUUGCGGCAAAACCAGGCCUUCAAUUGCGGGUACCCUUCAAGAAACAGAGAUCUCAUUCUCUCACACCAAUCGACAUAGGUCAACAUAUCAACCACGGCAAGAGUGCAAGUGCCGAUGGGGUAAUACAAGGGCAGGCCAACAAACAUGUGAAGAACUUUUCCGGUGACUCCAAUUCUAGUUCAAGUACAUGGGAUUCUAAUUUACCAACCAGUCCCCCUGCCAAGCCUGCGAGAUACGACGGACCAAAAGCUGACGACCGUCGAUUGGAAAUUCAAAGACUUUAUCAUGUUUCGGGAUCAGAUUCUGGCAAUGGCUCCGGGGACUCCACACAGAGUUCAGCGCACAGUGACCCGAAUAAGUCGAGAAUAGAAUCUGAUUACAAUCUAGUAACGCCCACAAUAAAACAACAAUUCGAUUACGACCUUACCGAAGCGAGAUUAUUACAGUCGGAAAAUUUGGAUUACGUUGUUGACUCCAGGAUCAACCUUGAAAAUUUCCAGUCACAGAUUAUUCCUACAGGUUUGUCAAAACCCUUGGAAUCAGAAACUCUGCAUACUAUAAAACUCUUGUUGCGGACAUCAGGACCCCGUAUUUUGGCAAAUCAUAUGACGAAGGUCGAUUUGCACUUUCUUCUUGAUGAUGCAAUACAAAUUGACGGCUUGGAUAGAACAGCUUCAGGAUUAGAGCUUUGUUUUUUGCCGCAAGGAAGAACUCUUAGGUUAGACGUCAUUGAGAGGAUCGAAACGUUCAGACUCCUGAUAGCGGUGACAAUCUUGACGUGUCAAACAGAUCGGCAGCGAGCAGACACAAUCAAUGACUGGAUACUUUUAGCUGUGGAAACAAAGACUGCUCUUGGAAAUCUUUAUGGGUUCUCAGCCAUCAUGUUUGGAUUGUGUAUGCCACAGGUGGAGUGCCUGGAAAAUGCUUGGAACAUUCUGCGACGCGUGUACACAGAUAACGCUUUCAUGUUUGAAGCGAAACUGCGGCCAUGCUUCAAGAGCAUGAAUGAAGGCACGAACCCGCUCCCUCCGAACACUACAACUCCUUACGUGCUUCCACCAGUAUUAUGCUUCCAUUUGUUCGACGGCGAAGGCAGUGGGCUGUUACCGCCAGACGACACCUUUCCGAGUAGUCUCUUCAACACUCUUGAUUUCGACUUCAACGCGACCGCGGCUCAUCUAGAAGCUGCCAGACAUUUCCCGGACCAAGUGGAAAUGUUCAAACGAAACGCCCGGACUGUUGUCCAAGAAAUGUCUUCCCUAGGGCCUACGUUGGACCCCACGUUGCUAGAACUUUUCAGAGCUGAAUUUCAUAUAAACUUCCUUUGGGGAGAAAGGGGUGCCAUGACAACUCCGAACCAGAGAUUCGCAAGGCUAACAGAUAUUCUGACUGCAAUGGCUAGCAAACUGUCUAGUCAACCUCUAGAAGUAGACGAUGUUGUAUGAACUACCUGAUGAUACUGAUGAUGGACUUGAUAAAAAUGUUGAUUAUAUGUAUUUGUGGAGACGACAUGAAACGUGCUACUUUUUCUGAUACAUCAACGUCAUAUAUCUAAAAAGUAAACAAGUCCACCCCACAUUUUAUAUUUAUCAUAUCAUCAACAUUAUAUUAUUUAAAAGGUUUUUAAUGUUUUGUUUGAGUUUUGUUGUUUGAUGACAUUGACAAACAUUACAUUCAUAUCAUAAUUAUAGUUUCUCAUAAAGUGUGUUGUAUUUAUCUAAUGGUAUAUAUUCCUUUAUUGACACACUAUACUCGUGUAUGUGCUUACAUUUUAACUAUAUAAUACUGAAGACAGAUUCUUUUAUUCGUAGCGCGAUCUUUCUUAUGUAUUGCGAAGCAUAAUAUCGGUAUAAUGUAUGGCUAAACCUUUACACACACGACAAAAUAUAUUCUUGUUUAUUGAAGUGGAAAAUUGUAACAUUCUAAAUCUUCCAGAGAUCUUCAUGUAAAGCCCCCCCCGCCUGGAAAAUGUAUACUAGAUACGCCCAUAUUUAUUUUAAUACUUAGGUGCACUACACACACACGUGUAUCUUAUACAUAAUAUCCUAUUAUUAUAAUAAUUAAAAAUUAUUAACUUGA